UAUUUCUUAUCACAAAACACACAAGAAAACAACUUCACGUGCAAUAAUACUCCUCUCAUAUCUAUAACACCAAAAAUUUGUGUUUUUUUUAAAAAAAUAUAUAUAUUUGAGUGUCAAUUAAGACAAAAUAAAAAUAUUUUUUUUUCUAUUUCAAAAGGACCUUAAUAUAUCUAUUUCUUGUUUAAAUUUGUAUUAAUACUAUAUGGAAAAGGCAAAGCAAGUGAUUGAUUCCUCCUCCUCUUCUUCAUCCUUCACCAAUGAGCUUUUUGGUCCCAAAGAGCCUUCAAACUCCACUCUCUUUGCUUCUGUUUUUGGUCCACCUUCCACGGGACUUAGAAGGGAUCCAAUUCACUCAGGGGAUCAUAGAGGUUCAUCAAGAAUCCAAGAUCAAGGCAACCAAUAUGGAAAUAAUACAAAAUAUGGGACUUCAGAGAAUGGAUCUAAAAGAAGUCAAAAUGAAAAAGUAGAAGCUCCAUGUAAUUUAAGUUCAUCUAUUUACUAUGGUGGCCAAGAUGUUUAUCCUCCAAAUAAUCAAACCACUGGCUCACAGAAUAAUAUUGUAAAGAAAGAUGGAGAUGGUUCAAACUCUGCUUCAAGAGGAAAUUGGUGGCAGGGAUCAUUGUACUACUAAAAAGAGAAGUGGAGAGGAUUAGUUGAUGAAUAUUACAAAAUUUCAGUUCUUUUUUUUUUCUCUCUUUUUAAAUUUUAGUUUGUAAAUCGGUAUAAUAUUAGUUACUAUUUACAGUUUGCUGAAAUAAUUCUCUUAUGUUCAUCUCUAAUUAUCUUUUUAGUUUACUAAAUAUUUUUAUUGA